AUGAACGACAACUUCUCUCCCGCAGACAGUGCGCCCUCGGAAGCCUUCAUGUGGCCGCGCUUCCUAUCUCGCCUACGGGAUGCCUUUUGUCUCGACUCACAGCCGCCAUCCGGAGACCAGGACCUAGCAAGACUGCAGCCUCGAAUCUCAGAUACACCUCCGGCUGACCCUGCCGAGCUUCGACGCAUCAAGAGGGCAGUGAAAAGCUUCCCCCCGCGCGGUGUUGCCGACUUCCUGGUGUCAGUCUGCAUCGCCUACGGGACCGACAUUUUCUUCUAUCUUGACCAGAGCCACUUUAUGGCUGAGCUUGAUCAACUGUACAAUGACGAGCGGUCGCUUUUGAGAGAAGAUGCCGGCUUUGUUUGUCUUCUCUUGGCGGUGUUCGCGCUGGGGAGCCAGUGGACAGCGCUGGCGAGACCAGAAGACCUGAGCAGUGCAUCCUCGACGGAGGAUCGGAGCGUUGAUCCCGGUCGGAUCUUCUACAACCAGGCUCGCAUUUUGAUCUCUGAUUUACUAGACAGGCCUUGCAUCAAGUCAGUUCAAGCGACUUUCAUCUUGGGCGUCUACCUGAUGCCGGCUAGCGCAAUCAGUGCCUCCUAUGUGUACAUGGGAUUAGCACUGCGGAAGGCUCUGGCUAUUGGGCUUCAACAAGAACCUGACGACCCCUCUUUAACUGAGGACGAGAAGGAGACCAGACGGAGGCUCUGGUGGUCGAUUUACUCUCUUGAAAGAACGUUCACCAUCAAGCUCAAUCGUCCGCGAUCAGUGGACCAGGAGAUCAUCACAGCGUGUCUGCCGAAGCCAACUUCACGGGACGCGUCUCAGAAGUUUGACAACGUACAGCAUCAAAUAGCAAAUGCAGCUUUCGUCAGAAUCAUUGAUAAGCUAUCGGAGCCAGGAGCAUGGUCAAACACCAACCACUCACGCCCAGGAGCUUCAAGACGUCCAACGGACGCCCAGAUAUCCCUCAAGGCCUGGAAGAAGGGGCUCCCGUCAUCACUCAAGCUGCAGAAUGUCGAUCCAAAGUCAUCUAGCUAUCGCGCUGUCUUCCACUUGCAUCUGAACUACUACUUCGCCUGGAUAGACAUGGGCAAGGUCUCCGUCGUGACUGUUGUCCGAGCUCGUCUACAGACAAUCUUCCACUCUAGCACUGGUCAAUCCGAUGUGCCUAGAGACGUGGAGCAUUCUUCAGAAGCAUGCAUCAAAGCAGCCAAGAAGAUGCUAGAGCUUUUUGAAGGGCUAUGUCGCGGCGGCAAUAUGGCGCGAUUCUCCUUCACAGACUUUCAAGGAUGCAGCAUUGCGACCAUUAUCGUCUUACUGGCCGGAAUCUUGGACCGCGAUUCUGGGUACGACGGACGGGUGGCUUUCGGUAUUGACUGUCUCCGCAAGAUGUCGAGCUUCGGCAACACGACAGCAAAGAUGGGAGUCCGCUUCGUCGAGGCCCUGCAGUCCAUCACGAAUGAAGCUAGGUCUAAGCUGGUCAUGGCUCGAAGAAGGGAGAUGAGUCAGGCCCCAGAUUCUUUGUCAGGACAAGCUGAGGGCUACGGGCGAUGGGCGGAAUGGUUGGCAAACGCCGAGGUUGUGGGGAGUCCUUCGGACGACGAAUCUGAUAUUGAGAUAGAGCAGUCGGGACAGCCACCGGCUCCCGCUCACGGCCCAUUGAUAUCACCAGACAUCAUGCUCUCUUCUCCGUGGGAGGAAGCGGCAGCUCUUCAAUUACAAGAGAUGUCAGCCUCGGGGUUCGGUAUAUCAGCGGAGGAGGGAGUGGCAGCUGAUGAUAGCACAUUGAUGCCUUUGCCUACAGGUGAAGAAGCCUGGCUGCCAUCUUUUGCCUGGAAUGAUGACCAGAUGUACUUGAUGGGUUUGACUGGUAUGGAUGGACUAGACUUCAUGGGAGGGAUUUCAUAG